GCGGGUGGUGUUGUGAUUGAAAACGUCAUUGGGCUAAAAUGUUUUUGUGUUUAAUGUCAAAAAUAAGUAAUCUCCAGGUUGGUGUCUGGAUCUGUUCUGUGUGCUGAAGUGCUCCGGAGCACGGACACAGCGGGUCCUGUCCGUACGUCAUCAGGAUUUGUUGUCUGGAGGAACACUUGUGGAAACACAGCAGGACUCAGGAUGCCGCUGUUCUUCCGAAAGAGGAAGCCCACUGAGGAUUCCAGAAAGAGACUUGAACAUCAGCUGUGCCAGUCUAAAGAGGCGGGUGCUGAUGACAUCCUGGACAUCUCGUCCUGUGAGCUGUGUGAGGUUCCCUCCUGUGCUUUUUCCAUUUGUAAGGUGCUUCAGAAAAAGGUUCUAAUUCUCCACAGCAAUGAGUUGAAAUCGCUGCUGCCCAAAGAAUGUGACAUCAUCUCUCUGGCCACAUUAAAGGUUUUGGAUGUACAUGAAAACAAGCUCACCUCGCUCCCAGAGGACAUUGGGAGGUUAUCAUCUCUGCAGAUUUUGAAUGUGGAGAAGAACAGACUGAAGGACCUGCCGCACUCCAUCGGCGAGCUGAGGCUCCUGCAGACGCUCAAUCUGAAGGGUAACUGCCUCACUGAGCUGCCGUCCUCAGUCGGCUCACUGAGCAGCCUGCGCACCCUGGACCUGAGUGACAACAACAUCACCCAGCUUCCAAAAUCUCUUGCACACAUCCGCACCCUAGAGAGCUUCACACUCGAUGCCGCUCUGAUGUCGUACCCGCCUGCGUCUAUCUGCUCAGAAGGGACUGAGAGCAUCCAGCGCUUCCUGUGCACGGAACUGGGAGCGGAGUAUUGUCCCCCAUCUCAGUAUCUUCUGCCGGUGUUGGAGACUGACUGCAGCAAACAGAAUUCUGAUUGUGCAGAUGGCCUGGAAGUGGCGUGGCAGAACAAGUUCAGCGACUAUGAGAAAAGAAAGGAGCAGAAACAGCAGGAGAAGCUGGCCUUUGAGCGCCACCUAGAGGAACAGCAAAAGGAGCAAACUCAACUUGUACUUAUGAGUACAUCCCGCAAGGAAAAUAUGCUGAACUCAGUUCGACAGGAGCAGGAGCGCCUGGAACAGGGUGUCACCCUGCAGCAGAGGGCUCAGGAGGCUGAGCGCCUGCUGGUGCUGGAACGAGUCCGAGAGGCUGAAGAUAACAUCAGCGGUCGCAUCAACAACAUGCUCAUGGACAACAGGCGGCAGAAGAAGAGUGCAGACUUUCUUCAGGCUUUGGAGGAAGACCGAAUCCGCAUGGAACAUCUGACAGCCAUCACUCAGGAAGAAGCUAACUCGCUGAGGAAGAGGGAGGUGGCAGCGGCUAUGCAGAAGAUGCUGUCAGACAGCUGCUCCAUGAGCCUCCUGCAGGAGGCCAGCGAGUCUCGCAGACAGAGUCUCGUCUCUGAGGCCUACAAAAGUUUGGAGAAUUUUGACAAGAAGUUUGAAAAGGUGCUUUCCCUCCAAGUUUUGGACAAAUCUAAAGCCAUCACCCAAAUCUUACAGGAGGAGGAGAUGCAGAAAGCAGCGUUCCAGGCCCUGCAGCUGCAGAAAGACAGCGUCCACGGCUACAUCCGCAAUCAGAUCAAGUUCAUAGAGAGUGAAUUAAUGCAGCUGACUAAACUGGAGAUUAAAAGACGUAAUCUGGAUGCAGAGAGCCUGCAGGAGGUUCUGGCGGACCAGCGCACGGCUCUUAGUGAUUUGUUGCAACAGCUGCUGAAGCAGAGAGACCAGAGAGAACAAGAGCUGCUGCAAGUUCUGGCAGAGAUGGAGCUGAAGUCUGAGUCCAACCAGCAGAACUACUGGAUGAUCCAAUACCAGAGACUGCUGGAUGCUAAGCCGCUGUCGCUGCGCAUGCAGGAAGCUGGUGUAGCAAAAGAGUUGGUCAGUCUGUUGUGCAGACUGUCGGCUCAGCACUACCUGCCCAUCCUGGCUCACCAUCGACUGACUACUGAAGCUCUACACCACAUGAACGCCGCUGACCUCAAGAAGCUCGGUAUAAGUGAAGUUGGCAUUCAGAAAGCGCUACUGAAUUGGGCCCGGGAACACUCUGCUGAUGCAGGAGGUUGUAAGGCAGUCGAGCAGGAUGAGGAACAAGAAGUCGCUCCUUCAGCUCCUUCAGCUCCGUCGCUUCCCAACACUUCAGCCUUCCAGUUUCCCAGCCCACCGCUGACCCCAGGGACCCCCAUCACCCCAUCAGCACCCAGCCCUGUCGAGGGACCAGUGAGCUCUGAAUGUGUUGUCUGCAUGGAGAUGGGGACUCAGGUUAUCUUCUUGCCGUGUGGUCAUGUGUGCUGUUGCCAGGUCUGCAGCGAUGCUCUUCUGAACUGCCCACUGUGCCGCGGCAGCAUUUCCCAGCGUGUGCGUCUGUAUCACAGCUAGAAGCAGCACAGCAGCAUGCAAGUCUGUCACCAUCACCGCUAAUUAUUUAUGCAUGACUGUCCUCCUGCUGUGAAUUAUACCGUAUUAUCCAAAUGUGGAGAAAAAAAGUAAAAACAAUCCAUUUUAUUCAUGUAGCACUUUACAUAGCACAUACAAGAUAAAUGAUAAAGUCCAAGGCAGUCACAAGGAUGAAGGCAAAGAGAAAUCAGAAAUAUAUGAAAGUGUAUUUUAAUGCCUUGUUCUCACUCGCACAGAGAUGAACCUGGAAGCUCGCGCUUUUGAACCCUUGUCCAUAUCUUAGAAAACCUUUGAGGCUCUUGGGGUGUUGCCCAGGGUGAAACAGAAUGUUCUUUUAUUGUGUCAUUAUUGAUGGGGUUUCCAAGAUGUUACAGAUGUUCCUUUUUUCUGUUUGAACUUGGACAUAGUUUGUAAUUAUACCUUGGACUCGGGCUCAUACAGAUACAUCAUGGCAUGAUACAGGGUGUGAUACUUAAAUAGACAUGUAAUAAGAUAUUUAUCACAUAUUACAACAAAAAUAAAGAACAAGAACCAUAUAAUUAUCAUCAACUCCAUUUGUCAAGUUCCACCAGAGAAAGAACAAGGAACUUUCUCUUCUCCUUCUUGGUUCCACUCAGCCAUUCAGUGAACAAGUUCACUUCACUCUCUGUUUUCCUGGUGGUGAUCUUGUUCUUAUGUCUCUCAAUAAAGUCGUGAGUGUCCUUGUCACUAACUUCUAGAUGUCUCUCAACCUUCAGUAUGAGACUCAAGUUGUAGAAUUCUCCCUGCCAGGGAGGCGAAAACUCUCACCUUGAUCAGACAUCUUGGUUGAAUGACAUGAUCUGGAUCCUGUACCAGGAUCCCGCACUUGUCACCAGGGUAACACAAAGUGGGGGUGUGUCAUUGGUGGGGCUGAGAAAUGGGGGCUCCUGAUUGGAUGAAAAGCGGGGCGAUACAAAACCUGGUAUUUUCAAUGCCUUUUUUUUGUAUCGCUCUGUGUUAAGAUUUGUAUCACCCUGAUUUUAUUGCCACAGUUUCCAGAGCAGUAAAAUUGAUAGGAAAAGUGUAUAAUUUAUCAGCCCUAUUUUUCUUGUAUGUCAUGAGGGCUGGUUUACGAGUAUAGGGCAGAUUUUUAUUAUAAUAUGUAAUAAUCCCUUGUAUUUCUUUUGAGCCUGUAAUGAGCCAUAUAGGCCGGGACAUUCCUGGGUUGCCUUCUGGAAGCACUACGACUAAGGGCCUUGUUACACCUUGAUGAUUUAGCCACCAUAUGCUGACUGUAUUAAAAAUGCUGGCAUAUGUGGGCGUACAUCUAAUAGGUUAUGCAACUGUCACACCUUGACAAUUUAGUUCAGCAUAUGCUGACCACCCCGGGGUUGGGCUCGGUACUGCACGGUGUGGUGCGGGUCGGAACAGUUAUUCUGGCAUGGUUUGCAUUUCCACUGGCAGCAGAACCCUAUUGUUUGGCAGGUGGAACACUUAAAUAUUGACAAGCACGUCAUCGACUGCACAUACGCUGUCGCACAUAAUCUCUUCUCCACACUGAGGCAAAACAGAGUAAUUUAACAUUAUUUUAUUUUUGUCUUGGAUCAUGGGAUUUAUUUUCAUUGCGUGCAGACUGCUGAUGAGUCGACUGAUGGCAGGGGUAAACGCUGCCAUGAAUGAAUGAAGUGAUGUGACUCUUUCAGUGCCAGUCAUGGUCUGAUCCGUCCCCCAUGUCUGAUCAGUCAGACAGGGGAUGGAUCAGACUGCAAGUCCGGCAUCCUCAGGCUGAGAAAUGCACCUGAAGCAGAGAAACCACUGAGGGAUUUACUUUAAAACGCUACAUUUCUUCAGCCACAAGGAAAUAAAGUGUUUUGAGACAUUGUUUUCCAAAAUCAGGACACUUUAUGUGGAUAUGUUUUCAUCAGGCUGUGAUGAUGAAUCCAACUGAAAUGACAUAACAGGUAAGAUUAAGACUUUAUAUUUACUCCGUUUGUGAAUAGUUUUAAUAUUUGUUUGCAUGAGGACUGCAGCUUUCAGCCAAUCAUUGGACAGCAUUAAUGGAAGUAUUUCUACUUAUGAGUAAAUUACAAGAAUCGUGUGUCAACACGAUUCUUUAACUUACGUACAACAUAUGUCCUGCAUGUGCGGGACAUAAGUCAUAUACGGUAUGAGUCAUACGCUGCAUAUGUUCGCUUCGCUCUCAGACUGCAGGCUUACUUGUAGUUCCUAGGGUUUUUAAGAGUAGAAUGGGAGGCAGAGCCUUCAGCUUUCAGGCUCCUCUCCUGUGGAACCAGCUCCCAAUUCAGAUCAGGGAG